CCUGCCCGGCGCGGGUGCCGGGGCGCGCCGUGGCCGCGGGCCCUGCGGCAAAGGGGGCCGGGGCGAGGCGUUGAGCGGGGCGCCCCGUGCCUGACAGGAAGCCCGGCGGCCCGGCGCCCUGGCGCUGCGCGGGCGGGCCCGGCCCUCGCCUUCCCUUCCGCCCCGGGCCGCUGCUCCGCCUGCGCCGCCCGCCGGCUCGCGGCUGCCCCUCAGGUGUGCGCGGCGGGGCGCGGAGCGGGGCGGCGCUCCCCUCGCCCUCCGGCCCGGCCGCCGCAGCUGCACGGCGGGCCUGUCACGUGGGGCGGCGGAGCGGCGGCGGCGCUGCGGUCUGUCCUCUUCCACCUGCCCCGGAGCGGGGAGCGCGGGCCGGCCAUGGGGCGGCGGCGGCGGCAGGCGCCCGCGCCACUCCCGGCCCCGCGGCCUGCGGGGGCACCGCGGGCUGGCCGUGCCGCCGGCUCCCGCGGCUCGGCGUAGAGGCGAGGCGGGCGCGGAGCUGCCGUGGUUCCCCCCGCGCUGAAGGGCAGGCGGCGGCGACCCGCCAUGGAGAAGGCAGCGGCCGCGGAGCUCCGGCAGGGCGCGCUGGUGCCGCUCACCGCCAUCUGCCUGGUGAAUCUCUUCCUGACUGGGAAAAUAGAAAGUGCUGUUACCUCAUUAGGAAUCACACUGUCAUGCCGAAGCCCAGUUUAAUAACACAAUACUUACGCAUGUAUGUGAUUCUGCAAACUUCAUGGCCAGGAGCUGAGGAGGGAAGUGGGGCCCCUUUAUUGAUACUGAAAGGCCAGCAGUACGAAGAUGCUUGCAGUGGAGAACUGGAACAGCGCACAGAGAGACGAGGAGUCAUCUAUAGUCCUUCCUGGCCAUUGAACUAUCCUCCAGCUGUAAACUGCAGCUGGUACAUUCGAGGAGAUCGUGGAGACAUGAUAACAAUUAGUUUUAAGAACUUUGAUUUGGAAGACUCUCAGAAGUGUGCAGUAGACUGGUUGAUGAUUGGCCCGUCUUCCAAGAGGGAGGAGUACAAAGUGUGUGGAUCUUCCAUACCUCCGUCUUUCAUCUCUGCAAGGGACCAUGUUUGGAUAUUUUUUCACUCAGAUGCAUCAAGUUCAGGACAGGCUCAGGGAUUUCGCCUUUCUUAUAUUAGAGGAAAGAUAGGUCAGGCUGUAUGCCAGUCAGAUGAAUUCCGUUGUGCAAAUGGAAAGUGUAUUCCCAGUACUUGGAAGUGUAAUUCCAUGGAUGAGUGUGGUGAUAACUCAGACGAGAGAAACUGCACUGUCCCUCCAACAGAGCCUCCGUCCAGCAUCUGUCCCUCAGGAAUGUUCCAGUGCAGCGCAGCCCACUCCACCAAGUGCUUGAUGAAUGAGCUGAGAUGUAAUUCAGUUAAGGACUGCAGUGAUGGUUCGGACGAAGAUAAUUGUCCUGAUCUUUCCUGUGGCAAAAGGCUGGGUAAUUUUUAUGGAUCUUUUGCUUCCCCAGACUUAUUCCGUGCUGAUCACAGCAGAUCAGACCUUCGUUGCACAUGGUACGUGGACACGCAAGAUAAUCGACAUGUUCUGUUGCAGCUUGAUUUGCAGUUAGGCUACAAUGACUACGUAAAGGUGUAUGACGGUAUUGGAGAGAGAGGUGAUAAAUUAAUGCAAACAUUUUCGUACCACAACAACAGGCAUUCAGUGAGCGUGGAGUCGUCAAAGGGCCAGCUCACUGUCUCAUAUCAUGCGCGCUCCAAGAGCACUGGCCAUGGGUUCAAUGCAACCUAUCAGGUGAAAGGCUAUUGCCUUCCUUGGGAACAUCCUUGUGGCAGCGAUGAGGAGUGCUUCACAGAUAAACAGCAUUGUGAUGGCUGGUGGCACUGUCCAAAUGGCAAGGAUGAGGAGAACUGUCCCGCUUGCCAGAAGAACGAAUACCCAUGUGAAGGAAACAGUGGACUUUGUUACUCAAUACUUGACCGCUGUAAUAACCAAAAGAACUGCCCAGAUGGCUCAGAUGAAAAAAACUGCUUUACUUGCCAGCCAGGAAACUUCCAUUGUGGUACAAAUCUGUGCAUCUUUGAGACUUGGCGCUGUGACGGCCAAGAAGACUGCCAGGAUGGAAGCGAUGAACAUAACUGUCUGGUGAUCGUUCCCAGGAAGGUCAUCACAGCUGCUCUGAUUGGGAGUCUUGUGUGUGGCUUGCUGCUGGUAAUAGCACUGGGCUGUGCAUUUAAAUUAUAUUCUCUAAGGACCAGGGAAUACAGAGCGUUUGAGACCCAGAUGACGCGACUUGAGGCAGAGUUUGUGCGGCGGGAAGCUCCGCCUUCCUAUGGGCAGCUGAUUGCACAAGGACUUAUCCCCCCAGUCGAAGACUUCCCUGUGUACAAUGCAUCACAAGCUUCUGUGCUGCAGAACAUUCGAACAGCUAUGAGGAGGCAGAUGAGACGACACUCGUCACGACGGAGCUCGUCUCGGCGCCGCUUGGGCAGGCUCUGGAACAGACUCUUCCACAGACCUCGGGUGAGAGGACAGAUCCCGCUCCUGACGCCCGCCCGCACUUCACAGACUACACUGGGUGAUGGAAUCAUCAACCGUGCUGAUGGGACUAUUCGGAGUUCUCCACCUUCCCCCGAAGGACCUAGUUUAGAAGCAGAUGCCCAUGGCCAAGCUAGGGGCUUACAAGAAGCUGGAUGUAGCAGUUUGCAGCCAGAGACUGAAAUCACAGAGCCAUCGCCUUCAAAUGUCUUACCGAAUACUUGCACAGCUGCACAUGCAGAGCCUGAGACUGGACACGCCGAUAAACCUUUAGGUGCUGAGACCUCUGGCAGUGAGCUUAAGCAGUCCAGUAAAGUGGAUUCAGGAAAGGCUUUCAGAGAUCCUUUGUCUGAAAGUGUUACAGAAACGAUCCAUGGAGGGUCAGCAUCCAGGAGGACUGUCCCAGAGGACAGUAGUUUAAGUAGAAGUCAUCCGCUGAGUGAAGAGCCAUGUAGGUUACCCUUAAAAAAAUGGGAGUCUGCUUAUUCAGACAGCCCUAUGAAUGUUCAUAUCCAAGUGGAUGGACAAAACCGAUGUUGCCCUAACUCAUACCGGGAGGAGCCUUUGGGUAUUCAUGCAGCUUGUUGCCAUUCUGUGGAAGUGCCAAUGUUAGAGUCCUCUACUCCCCUCUCUGAAAUCAAUACCAGUGAUGACGAAUCUUUACUUGUUUGCUAAUAAAAAUUUUUGGUUUGGCCCUGUAAAUUUUGUAACUUCGUUGUUUAUAUGACAGUGCACUUUGAUAGGUGGUAUGUCUGUGCUCUCAACUUUGUCUCUUAAAACCAGUGUGCUUUAACCCCCUUGGGAGUACAGUACAAGACUAAAUGGGACAAGCUUUUGUCUUUGUUGUUAUUCCUGAAACUCCAGUGGGGCAGAAGUAGGCCAGUGUGCGAUGUCAGGGGCUGGGAGAGCAAGAAUGGGUCACUGCAGUUUUGGGGGCAUCUCCAUCCUCUGGUAUUUCUUCUGUGCAUUUAUUCACUCUGUAUUCAGUUCUCUCUAGUGAAACUAGAGAGAACUAUUUUGGAACCCAGGGCAGGCACUAGUCAUUGUAACUAUGAUUACUAAACUAGAAAUUAUAUUGUUGUCUUUUUAGGCAUCAUAAUUUAAUUAAAACUUAAUAAUUUUAAUUACAAUUACUUAGGAGGAAAUAAAA